UUUAUAGCGCAUUACAUAGUUUUGUUAUCAGCCAUUUAUAGCAGCAUUACAAAAGGUGAACGCUUUCUCUUGAUGGAAAUAAGAAGAUCAGUAGAUCUUCCUAACUCUAUGCAGCUACAAUGUACUAUGAACUUCAUUUGUGAAUUCGUUGCUAGUUCGCGUUCAGACUAAACGACAAAUCUGUUACCAAGAUGGGUGUUUGGCGCCAAACUCUCUCUCUUGUUUGGAAGAACUUUCAGAUAAAAAGACGAAAUAAAAAGGAAACGCUGCAAGAAAUCAUAAUUCCCGUGUAUUGGUUGCUCAUCUUAGUAGGUGUGAGGCUGGGAAUCAAAACUACUCCGCUUCCUGCGGUCAAAACGAGCGAAAUACCCAAAUCCGAUGUGAUCAACCUUGGCUCCGAAACGCCAUUCGGAUUGAAUAGCUCACAAAUUCCAUCUACAAAACCUAUCAUCGGGGUUGUAACUCACAAUGAUUCUCAAGCUGGUAGCAUAGUCCAACUAUUAGAGCAACACUCUAACCAAACUGUCGUUUAUAAGCGGUUUAACAGUUCGGAAAGUAUGCUGAGCUUCUAUCGUACAAAUGGGGAAUCCUCCCUCGGCGCUGGAGUGAUAUUUACGAGGGGAAGUUCAGGUGUUUUGGAAUACACACUUCGUGUACCAAUUGGCAAUAUUCCAGACAUCAAAAGCAAACUCACAGGGUUAGAUAAAUGUCACAAAAGAUUCUUCGACCCAUUUCAAUGCCCUGCCAGCAAAUACCUCAUCUAUAAUACUACCACAUUACAAGCCUCUAUUGAUGCUGCUAUUUCUAAGGUUGUUGCAAAUCUCCCAUUUUACAUUGUUCCCAACAUCACAGUUCAAAUGAUGCCGAAAGCUCAAUUCACUCCUUCCUUACAAGGAAUACAAACCAUUGUUCCGAUCUACAUGGUGCUUGCUUUCUCACCUUACAUUACGAUCUUAGUUAUCAACCUGGUCAGAGAGAAACAGGAGAAACACAAGGAACUUAUGAGGAUUAUGGGAAUGGUAGACACUGCAUAUUGGUUGUCGUGGUUCUUAACAUACGCCAUAGUCGUCCUUAUUGCCUGCCUUAUUAUGGUUACUGUCUCAGUUAUUGCUGGAUUCUUUGGUGAAAGCAAUUACCUUGUUCUACUUAUUGUAUUCUAUCUGUACGGCCUGAGCAUUAUAAUGCUCUCCUUCAUGAUGUCACCAUUGUUCAAAAAUCCCAAGACAGCUGGCUUUAUUGCAUCCUUGUUUACAGCAAUUUUCGCCGUAUUGAUCAUCCCACUGACUGGUCCAUCAAUCCCCCAGUAUGCAAAGUGGCUGGUUUCUAUAUUUUCACCUACUGCUUUUGCGUUUGCUCUCAAUGAGGCUGUGGAAGUUCAUCCUGGUGCACAGUUCAGUAAUUUAGCAACCAAAGGAGAUUUUCCUGUGCUAAAUUGCAUAGUCAUGUUGAUAGUAGACAUCCUCCUCUAUCUUUUGAUUGCCCUGUAUUUGGAUGCCGUGGUACCUGCAGAGUAUGGUAGACGCCAGCCCCCAUACUUCAUCUUCCAGCCAUCGUUCUGGAAGACCAUGUUUCAAAGAGGUGGGGGAAGCUUAGAGGCACAUGGGGUGAGAAGGCAGUUGUCUGCACAUGAGGUUUACAGCUCAGAAGAUGUUGAGCCUGUGGCUCAGGAAAUGCAUGGUAGAGAGGCAAUAAGCAUUCAUAAUUUGAAGAAAGUUUUUCCUGGUAAAAAACCUACAGUUGCAGUGGAUGGCAUCAGUAUGGAUAUCUAUGAAGGACAGAUCACAGCCCUUUUAGGCCAUAACGGUGCCGGUAAAUCCACCCUUAUUGGUGCAUUGACGGGAAUGAUCCAACCAAGCUCUGGUACAGCGUUGAUCUACGGCAAGGACAUAAGUCGGUUUGGUGAUCUUGCUGAACUAAGACGAAACAUAGGAGUUUGUCCACAACAAGAUGUCAUCUUUGAAUUUCUAACCGUCAAGGAGCACUUAGAGUUUUACUUCAAGCUCAAAACCGGGGGUGAUUCGCAACAGAAUAACGGCGCCGAUGCGAUUCUUAAGGAGAUUGGCCUGCAGGAGAAAAAAGACGACAUUGCAAAGAACCUUAGUGGUGGACAAAAGAGGAAGCUGAGUGUUGGAAUCUCUCUUGUUGGAGAUCCUAAGGUGCUGUUCCUGGAUGAGCCAACUAGUGGAAUGGACCCUCACUCUCGGCGAGAGAUGUGGAAAUUGCUACAGGGACAGUGCAAGGAGAAGUGUGUGUUGUUGACAACCCAUUUCAUGGACGAGGCUGACAUAUUGGCAGACUACAAAGCGAUCUUGUCGAAAGGAAAGCUUCGCUGCGCAGGCACAUCGUUGUUCUUGAAAAACCGUUUUGGCAUUGGCUACCAUCUUAAUACUGCCCUCUCUGAUGACUGUGACACGGACAGGCUCAAGUCGUUUGUUGAGCAACAUGUGCCUGGUGCUGACGUCAUCCGUCACCAUGGAUACGAGAUGGCCUUUUCUCUACCCUUAGAGGAGGUCGCUCACUUCUCAGGGCUGUUUGCUGCAUUGGAGAAUAACAAUGCAGGCGAGUUAGGCGCUUCAGCGAAAGACCUCGGGGUAACAAGCUAUGGCGUUUCCAUGACAACACUAGAGGAGGUGUUCCUCCGGCUUGAAGACACCAGUGACGAGGAAAGCCAAGAAAAAACUCUUGAUCAUGUAGACUUUUCUGGUCCACAAGCUACAGGAAAUGGAAGUCUCAUUUUGGCAGACUCCCGUGACAGUGGUAUUAAUGCAGGUGCCCCGGAGCUCAACGCACCGGAAAUAAGCGCUGAUAAGGCGACACGGGGCACGUGGUACAAACAGCAAGUGGCUGGCUUGCUGAAGAUUCGCUGGUUGAACACAAUCCGCAGUCCUCUUAAGGUGAUCUUCACCAUCAUUGUUCCUCCAAUUCUUCUCAUUGUCGGCAUUGUCCUUCUGAGAAACAGGAAACUCGAGCCUCAGGCUGAUACAAUUAGGUUUCCAUUGAGCCCCUCCUACUGUCUCAGCCAUGCCAGCCAAGAGUCGUUCGCGUCAGCACUACUCUUCCAGAAUUCUACUAGCUCAAAUGUGGACAAUAUCCUUGGUUUCUUAAAAGAUUAUGACGUUAGUGUGGACCAAGUAAACAACCUUGAGGGAUACCUUAAUAUUUCUUCUGCAAAGCCUCGUUGUCUUGGGAUAGACGUUCAGCAGUUCCCUACAGCGACGAAUGUCUCUUUCUCAAAAUUUGAGGACCUUCUCUCAAGCUACUUAGUACGGUACAAUGACACGACUCAGCAUUCCAUCCCUGUAGCGACCAACCUGUUGGGCUCGCUCUUCAAUAUGUACGCCCUUGCGGCUCAGAACAUGUCUCUUUACCCGAUCAAGACAACGCUACAGCCCUUGCCGAGUCUGGGGAGUAAAUGGACGUACGAUGCUUCUUCGUUCACCGCGAUGUUACUCAUCGGUAUGGCUUUUGCCAUCAUCCCUGGAGGACUUGGCAUUGAAGUAGUAUCUUACAGACAGAACCGGAUCCGCCAUCUUUUCCGAGUCUCGGGACUAUCCCAGUUAAUGUACUGGUUCCAUUUCUUGUCUGCGGAUUUUCUAGUGUUCCUAAUCCCGGCGUUGAUAAUGCUGAUAGUCAUCCCGGCCGCUCAAGUAGUAUCACUAGCUCCAGCGGGUGCAAUGGGGUGCUUGGUAAUCGCCGCCUUGCUCUACAUCCCUGCCGUGAUUUUGCUUGCCUACAUCUGCUCUUUUGCGUUCAAUAAUUGGGAAACUGCGCAACAAGUGCUGCCGACAGUGUUUAAUCUCCUUGGAAUUGGUCCCUUUAUUGCUAUAUCGUUGGUUGACAUGUUGGGGAAUCAGGACUCGGCAAUCAUCGCCCACUAUGUAAUGGUCUGUCUCAACCCAUGCUAUGGUAUAUUCGGAGCUUUGUACUACAUCAACAGGAUAUUUCUGUUCGCGUCUGUGGCUGCUCAGUCGAAUGACGUCGAUAUAAAGGCUAGUGUGUACUUUACAUGGACGAAGCACAAUGGUAUCCCAGCAGUCUUCAUUGCCCAUGUCUUCCAUCUGCUUCUACUACCGCUGCUUGUGUACUAUCUGGACUCAAGGGAUACGGGCUCUGUCGUAAAAAAUCCUUGCAAGUGUCCGGGAAACCGAAGCAAAGUUGAUUUGGGUCGCAUGACUAGCUUCCAGUCAGACGAGCCCGAAGAUGACGAUGUGAUGGCAGAAAAAGAAAGGUUGCUUGGCAACGACUUCGGUCGUCAGGGAAACAAUACCGAGUACACUGCCACUGUCAAGGGUCUGUGGAAGAAGUUCGGUAGGGGUAAGAAGGGUAAGGUUGUGGUGAAAGAUGUUUAUUUUGGUGUGACUCCUGGAGAGGUGUUCGGAUUACUGGGGCCCAAUGGUGCAGGGAAAACUACCACGCUCAAUAUGAUGACCGCAGGGAUCCCAGCCUCCAGGGGAAGCGUCAGCGUUGCCGGUUAUGACCUCCAAACUGAGACACACAAGGUGUUCCAACACAUGGGCUUUUGCCCGCAGCAAGAUGCACUCUUUGAUGACAUCACCCUUGAGGAGCAUCUGACACUCUACGCAAGCGUACGGGGGGUGCCCUGGGCAAGCAUCGACAACGUCGUCAACCAUUAUAUGUCCGCUAUGAAGAUUACGGAACACGCAAACAAACGCGCCAAAGAACUCUCCGGCGGAACUAAGCGCAAGUUGAGCUUUGGAAUGGCGAUGCUGGGUGACCCGGAUCUCCUGCUCCUCGACGAACCAUCCACUGGAAUGGACCCAUCUGCCAGACGAUUCCUGUGGAAUGUGAUCAGUAAGAAUGUGACUGGUGCUCGCGGGGCCAUACUUACCACACAUUCUAUGGAGGAGGCGGAUGCACUUUGCUCGCGUGUUGGUAUCAUGGUAAAGGGACAGCUCAAAUGCCUCGGUUCCACGCAGCACUUGAAAAGCAAAUUUGGCAGCGGUUACACGCUGGAAAUCAAACUCAGCCCCUCGUUCCAGUCCUCUGACCCUGACGUGGACAUGCAGACACAGCUAGUUGCUUUCGUAGAAGGACUCUUUCCCAAUGCCAAGCGGACUGAGAGCUUCGGGGACCGGGUCAUAUACAAAGUUCCAAAGAGCAACGUGUCCAAGCUUUCCAGCACAUUCGCCACUUUAGAGGAAGGAAAGCGCUCUAUCGGGAUUGAGGAGUACAGUUUCAGCCAGUCUACGCUGGAGCAGGUUUUCCUUGAGUUUGCUCGUGAGCAAGAUGAUGAUAGAACAGGAGCGAAGGAUCUAAACUCCACCGAGCCUCCUCAAGAACAUCGCACCAGAACUGAAGUCGAGCAUGUCUAGUUAAGGACCUUCCGGCCUAUCUUGAUGCUUUUGUAUUCUAUUUUUAUUUUGAGUGUAAUUAUUAUUUUAUUUUUAAGUAAUUAAAGGUGAUAUUAAAUAAACAUUUAUAUUUAGAUAAAUAUUAAGGAAUGUAAUCCAAAGUUCCCGAAAAUAUAGUAAGUAUAACCAUCACCUUUUCAUUUGAACUACAUGUCGCCAGUUACCGUAGGUAUGGUGACAAUACGAGUCCAAAGUGCACAAUAUAUGGACUAGGUUUCUCUAGAUAACAAGAACCAUCAACCAAAAGCUUAAGCUAAGGCUUGCUUUUAUCCUAAGAGUGCGUAAAUUGAAACAGGUUAACCAAAGUUUGCGGUAUAAUUAGAAAGACUACAGACAAGCUUUAGAAAAACUAGAUGGUCUGCGUAGGCGUGGUGUAGACAAGGUAUGAGUCAACACAAGGUUGAAGGAGAAUGUUAUAGCCUCUGGGAAACAAAAGUUAGGAUAUCAAAAUUAAUCGAAUUCAAUCCCACCAAGUAGUGAAAAAGUACCAAAACUGCCAAUGAAAAAACGUGUAAACCUGGACAACUCGCCUUAAUAACUAGACUAUUUUUUUUUAUUUAACAGAUAAAACCAAGUAGAAAAGAA